AUGUCUACGGCAGCAGUCCCACCUACGCAUAUUAGGCCGCCGUACUCCCUGGACGCAGCCGCUGCAGGAGCCGGCGGCUUCAGUGAUGCGCAGGGCCUGUCAAAUACCGGUUGCCCGAGAUGUGGGUUUGAGGGCGCAUAUAUACAGCUGCAGGAGAGGAACAUAGCCCAGCAGAGGCGGAUAGAGGAGUUGGAGGCGCAGACCAGGCUGCUGACCGAGAAAGCUGCUCUCUCUGGUAUGUUAACGGCUUCACACAGAGUAUACAACGCUACGAGGAAGGCUGACCAUCCAAAUCUUCUACUUCUAGCCGAGAAACUAGCUGACUAUGAGGAUGGAAUGAGCAGUCAGUCGCAAAGCUCACAGUCUAAACCCGUGAGCGCGCCGGAGCUCCGGAACCUGGAUCAGCACCCGCCACAACAACAGCAGUCACAUUCUCCUCUCCGGCAACAAACUAGACUGGCAACACUUGCUUCAUACUUCCCCUAUGGCAGACGAACAAGUAGCAACGCCAGCGCCACCCAGUCUCGUCAAUCAGUGUCUUCAAGCCAACUACCACAGUCCCCUUCGUCUUCUUCUCCCCCAUCUACAAGAGCUGGCAAGAACGGAGAACACUCAGCCAUGAACCCACUUAACAACGGCCUGCCACAACCAACCAGUUUCCUGCAGGGCGCGCUGAACCGCGAACAGGCUCUUCGGAGGGAGGCAGAGUCGCGUCUCACGCAAGCAAAUACGGAACUCGAAGAACUGAGCGCCGAGCUAUUCAUGCGAGCAAAUGAGAUGGUAGCAAACGAGCGGAGGGAGAGAGCAAAGCUCGAGGAGCGUGUCCAGGUGCUUGAAAAGCGGGACAAGGAGAAAAGGACGAGGCUUGAGCGGUUGGAGAAAGCAGUUGAGCGGGUUGAAAGAGUCAAGGGUUUGAUAGGAAACCCAUAA